CGAGGACCUGACCUGGCUCACGAUGUCCCCAAAUGGUCUUCUUGGUUGAGUCGUUACCAGAGUGAGUUCCUUGUUGCUCAUUCUUGUUUUCCUGACCAUCUGACCUUCAGUAUCGAGUGAGCGUUGGUGACAGCUGUUGACGAUGUAUGUCUGCAGUUUGUUGGAAAUGCUUUUCGUGACGCCCCAAAUUUCUGAACCAUAUAGAAGCACUGACUUGACUGCCAUGAGUAUUGAAAAUCCGGAUGUUGUUCACGCUUUAUACUGAGUGCAGUGCAGUAGAUCUCCACACAGAUUUCGGAAUAAUGAAGACCUGUCUUGCUUUUCCUUUCCUGGCUUCGACGUCCUCAUCUGUGCCACCUGCAGUUGAAGUGAUGUUGCCUAGGAGGUAUGGAUUCACGUGUUAAUCAACCGGAUAUAGAAAACAUUGGAGAUCUGAUAAGACACUCCAAAGUCAACUACAAUGCAUUCAAAACUAUUCGAGAAAAAUUAGCAAAACCAAUAUCUUCUAGUGAAUACAGUAAAUUUCUGCAAUCAUUGACUGAACAUGUGCAUGAGUUUACAGCAAAUCAUAUUAAACAGUUGUUACUGGGCAUUACAAAUACAUAUGAUUGGAUGAUUUGUGAACAUCCAGGAGUCUCAGUGAAUAUGAUGAAUCUAUAUGUAGCUAGUAUCUCAUACUUUCCAUAUUUUGUUGAUGAUAUCUGUGAAUAUUAUGUAAAACAGGUGUUGUAUUUAAAAGAUUGUAUUGAACAAUUAGUAAACAACAGAAACUGUAGUCAUUUAAACAUUAUUGCAGUUGAAUUUUUUACAAUCUUAUGUCAAAAUGCACCGAAUUCAGUAUCUAUUAUUGUUGAUAUAUUGAUUAAACGAUUUCCGAAUUGGCGUAAACCAACUAACGAAUUAAUUUGGGCAACUUAUAGUGUUUUAUCUUUGAUUUCAUCCAAAAAAUCUUCAAAACUGUUAAGUCAUACUGACAAAUGCAAUAUGAUAUCUGUGAUAUUUACUACUGUUAUUGAUUUAGAACUAAAUCCUGAUGGAAUAAAUCAUGAAAAUUUAUUGCCUUUAUUUGAGAACACACCGAUAAACACAGCAUUCCAAAAGUUUGAUAAAAGUAUGCUUGAAACGAAUAUAAACGUUUUAUUUAACUCAAUUCAAAAUUCAAUUGUUAUUGAUAAAAACUGGUUGAAACUUGAACUCCUCUGCUGGUUACUUAUGUCAUAUAUUAGUAGUAUAUGUGUGAAGACAGAUAACACUCCAUCAUUGGAAUUUGAUUGGGAUUUACUUUGUUCAAUAUUUCGGCGGGCACGUGACAUCUUCUCCGAGCAUAUUCUACCAGUGAAUAUUUAUUUAUCAGCCUAUCCAAUGAUAUGUUUCUAUAUGUGUAGUCUACGUGGUGGAUUGGUGAUCAGUUUUGUUGAUUUCCUAUGGAAUGCAGUAAAAGAUGAGCAUCGUGAUCAAGGCAGUCGUCUUAUGGCGUUGUCCUAUCUUUGUUUCUUAUUGGUUAAUGGGAAAUUUUGUUUUAUUGAUCUAGUAUUAGAAAUAAUGCAUGAUAUGGCUACUUGGUGUAUAGACUACACAUAUCGACAUCGUCGAUUGCUAACAGGCGCCCACACAAAUUUGCUAUCGUCAGACAACAAAAUUUAUUACGGUACAUGUGAUAUUCUGGUGUAUAUAUUUGUCCAGUUACAUUGCGAAUUGUUAAAUCCAGAACACUUUGAAAGUUGUAAUCGAUUGCCUAUCGCACAGAUCAGUAUAUCACCUUUUAAACCAAUGUUAAAUAUGUCAGAGGAACUACGUCGAGCAUUUUUUCAAAUUAUAUCUGCCUAUCAUUUAAGUUGGUCUACAAUUGGUUUAACGCAAUCACUUUGUGAUCGAAAUAAUCAUCAAAUGAAGAAUGAUUCCCUGUUAACUGUGGAGGUUAUUCGUUCACUUAAGCCAAGUAAAGUUUUUCAUAUGCCAGAAAAUAAGUGUGCUUUAUCGCUUUCAUCAGCUGUUAUCAAUGGCUUAUUUCGCAACAUUAAUUUAGGGGAAUGUAUGAUUAGUAGUCAACAGGAUAUCAGUGUUUCAAAAGACAACCAUUAUAAUUCUCAUAACAUAGUGUCAUCAAUAUCUCCUAGACGGAAAAAACGAAAAGCAUCAACUAUAGGCGAGACCGAAGGCAUUACCAGUGAACUGCAAUCGUCAAAAAGUUAUGAGGAAUCUGUGUAA